AAGAACUGUAAAGCCUGUGCCCAGGUGAACUGGGGCAAAAAUAAAGCCCAGGGAGGAGUGAGGCAAAGAGGUCACAGGCCUGGGGUCCAUUGGGAAGUCGAUUUUACUGAAGUUAAGCCAGGAAUAUAUGGAUACAAGUAUCUGCUAGUUUUCAUUGACACCUUCUCUGGAUGGCCAGAGGCAUACCCGACGAAGACAGAAACUGCUAAGAUGGUGUCUAAGAAGCUAUUGGAAGACAUUUUUCCUCGAUUCGGGAUGCCUCAGGUAAUAGGGUCAGAUAACGGGCCGGCCUUCAUCUCCCAGGUAAGUCAGACAGUGGCCAGGUUACUGGGGAUCGAAUGGAAAUUACAUUGUGCUUACAGACCCCAGAGCUCAGGCCAGGUAGAACGAAUGAAUAGAACUAUUAAGGAGGCUUUAACUAAAUUUUCGUUGGCAACUGGCACUAAGGACUGGGUGACCCUCCUCCCCCUAGCCCUAUAUCGGGCCAGGAAUACUCCUGGGCCCAGUGGAUUAACCCCCUUUGAAAUUCUGUACGGGACCCCUCCCCCGGCUGUCUCUUUUCUUGAUCCAGACAUCUCUAACUUUGUUAGCACCCCUUCCCUGCAGACGCACCUGCGAGCGUUGCAGCUGGCACACGAAGAAAUCUGGAAGCCCCUGGCAGCAGCCUACCAAGAUGCUGUUAACACCCCUAUUGCCCCCCAUCCCUUCCAACCAGGUGACACCGUCUGGGUCCGGAGACAUCAGGCUCGAAGCUUAGAGCCUCGCUGGAAAGGACCGUGCACAGUCCUCCUCACCACCCCUACAGCCCUUAAAGUGGACGGGAUCGCAGCCUGGAUCCACGCCUCAUACGUCAAAGCGGCAGAACCUGCGCACCAGGAGGAGUCCCAAACAGGAGAGCCGCAAGAGAGAUGGCGACUGACACGAACAUCAAACCCUUUAAAGAUAAGACUGGUCAAAAAUUAAUAACCAGAGUUCUGACCCUUAUA